AUGGAGUCCGUUCCAUUAUCGCUUCAAUACACAAUCUUGACUACAUUGCUAAUCAGAGACAGAGAGGGAGUCAAUGACGAACAGGUGGUGAGGUUUGAAGAUUGGAUGUUCGCUAUAGCGAUGGUAUGCAAGUGUUGGUUCGGCAUCGUCUCAAUGGCAAUCGGAUCAGCACCAAAUAUGUGCUACGCUCCGUCCCAGACCAUUCGUAGCAUCUUGCGCGGAGAGCAACGAGCAUGGUCCCUAUUCAACAACAUCAAGCACAUCAACCUCAACACUAUCGAACAGAGUUAUGACCUCAUAGAACUACUCGAUCCUCAUUACGCAUUUGAUGAGAUUGGCGAUAAAUAUGGCAAUGACGAGAUAUACGAUAGCGAUGAAGAAGAGAUGCGGCGCAUAGAAGACACAGAAUAUGACACCGACGCCGACGACAGCUUUGCGUCUGAAGCCGAGGACCACAAUUCUAUAUCCAAUGGCGCAAAGAGAAAGGCAUUGAAGAAGAUGUAG